GGAGAAGGGAGGAGGCAGAGCGCAGCGUGGAGAGGCCUGGGCAGAGUUGAACCUGCUCUUGCUGCAGAGCGGCAGUCCAGGCAUGACAGUGGCUGAGAUAAGGAGGACGACGAUGGCGCCACAAAACACGUCACUGGAGGCUGGCGACGAGGCGGUGGUGGGCGGCGUGCUAGCGGAGGUCAGCCUCGGCAGUGACAUCACCUCCGCCACGCCCCUCUUCCCCGCUCCCCUGCCGCCCACGCCCACCCUCGCCCAUAAGCGGUCCUCCACGCCCACCGAGGAGGACUUCAACGCCGCCCUCCUGGCUACGAAUGGAGGAGGCGGAGGCCCCAUAUGUCAGUGUCGCGCCCGCAGCCCUGACGUGGACGGCGGGUGGGCGUGGGUGGUGCUGGUGGCUGCCUUCCUCCAGUUUUUCAUUACUUCAUCCUUGUACUACUCCUUCAGCGUAUUCUUCGUGGAGCUGGUGGCGGCGUUCCAGCAGUCCCGCGGCCUGACGGGCUGGGUGUACGCCACCAACUCGGCAGUCUUCAUGUGCAGCGGGCCGCUCGGGGGAUGGUUCCUCUCCCGCUGGGGGACACGCGCCACCCUCAACCUGGGCGCAGUGCUGGCGGCAGUGGGCUACCUGGGGUCCGCUCUCUCCCCCAGCCUCGCCUAUAUCUUCUUUUUUUACGGCGUGGUGAAUGGAGUGGGCACCAGCUUCACCUUCUCCGGUUGGGUUGUGGGCCUCGCCAGGUUCUGGGAAAGGCGGCACGCCCUGGCGAUGGGCGUGGCCAUGGCAGGGUCUGGAUGUGGGGUGCUGCUGCUGGGGCCACAGAUACAGGUGAUGGUGGUUCACUUUGGGUGGCGCGGCGCCAUGAUCCUCUGUGCGGGUCUCUACCUUCAGUUGUGUGUUCUCGCCACCCUCUACUCCAUCCCCAGGGCGCCUCCGCCCUGCCGCGUCGUCCUCCACUGCGGUGGGGAGAAAUCAGAAUCCCAGGAAGAAGCGAAGAGAGCAGCGGAGACGAGAACGAGGGUGAGUACAGAUGACGAGGUGAAGGCACACCACGUCAAUACGAAGCAGGUAUUGUGGUCGCCGGGCUUCUGUCUGCUAGCCGCGUCCUGUUUCCUGACCGUCAUGGCCAUCACCACGGUGUUCGCGGUGCUCAGGGACUGGGCAGAACUGGAAGGGCUCGGUGCCGCCUUUUCCUUAGCACUGGCGGGAAGCGGCGGCGGAGACCUGCUGGGCCGCGUGCUGGCGGGCCUGCUGGUGGGCCGGGGCUGCUCGCCGCUCCUACUGCUAAGCGUUGUUCAGCUCCUGCUUGCCGUCACCAUUGGGUUUGCCGCCGCUGCCUCCAUCCCCACCCAACUUAUUGCCGCCAUGGUGGGCUUUGGUGUGGCGUGCGGCCUUCACUCCGUCAUCAGCGCCCUCAUGCCCUCACACUUCACGUCCGGGGUGGGAGUGGGACACGUGCUAGGUUGUCUCCUCUUCGUGACAGGCGUCGGGGCGCUGGUGGGACCUCCCGUCACAGGAGCAAUAGUAGACUUGUAUCAUUCCUAUGGCAGCGCCAUGGUGCUGUGCAUUGCUGCGCCUGCGCUUGCCUCCCUUCUCAACUUGGCCGCUUACUUCUGUCACCGCCGUCGUCAUAUGCAGGAACGCGCCGGUGUCACGAAACAAAGUGUGGCAUGA